AUGGUUCCAGAAGACGACCUGCCGCCACCGUAUUCCACCGUCCCUGGCUCUACGGGAACUUCCUCCUAUUUCUCUGGUACUCCGCACCAAGUGUAUCAACCACAGAGUCAAUCAUCACUCUUCUCCACGCAGCUCUCUGGACUCCGAAGCCAAAUCCUCGAGGAACAGGCUGCCCGAGCGUCUGUCCGCGACCAACAGGAUAUUGAGAUCCUGUCUCUCAUCGUCCCUCAUAUUGAAGCUCUCCUCGACUCCAUCGCCUCACACAACCCCCCACCAACACUUGUUGAGGCAACAUUCGUACCAGAUGAAGCCAUCGAAAAAGGAUGGAAAUUCAGCGACGCCGAGCAAAAACGAACAGGCGAAGUACGAGAGUUGGUACGUGUCGGGAGGCACUUGAAGAUGGAUGGCGAUAAGAAAUCGUCUCGACAGCCCGUGCCUAGCACAUCAGAGCCAGACGGCCCCAAAGAAUUUGAUGAAUGGGGCCGCUGGUCUGACGACAGGGACGACAGCUUGGUCGGUUCUAAAGACGACUUGUGGUGGUCCGACGAGGAGAUGGCACAUAGAUUAGCGAAGCACCUUCAACCGAAGCGUGCGACGGCGUCCGUGGAUCGCCAGACAGUCCGAGCACAAGUUGAGCGAAACAAGGACACCAAAAAGCAAGGUCGAUGGAACAUGUUUAAAAAAGACGAGCCAGCAAAGCCGUUACCCGCGGCUUCGGUUUCGACGCCGUAUCAGCGGCCGCUGGAUGAUGUUGGCAUGACGGUAAAUGCGGAGGAAGCUACGUUUCGGAAGCAGAACGAGAUGGGGAUCUGGGAAAGCAGAACUGGUUGGGGGUUAGUUGUGAGGGUGAGCAUUCGACGAUGA